GCCCCAACUUAGCAACACAAGAUGGCGGACGGUCUGUAGGAAGUUAGCAGUGUUGUCAAUAGAGGUGAUGUUAGAUCGUCAUUUUUGACCUGAGAUGCGAAGCUGACUGGUACAAGGAUGCCUGGGAAGAAGAAGAAGGGCGGAAAGAAGAGCGGGAAGAAGAAGAAGAAGUCAGCCCGUCCCACUUCAGGGGCAGGGUCCGGAGCCGAGGGUGCUGAGGAUCCGGAAACUUUAGUGGACCCAGGUUCCGCUGAUGGCAAGAAGAAGAAAAAGAAGAAAGUGGUGAAGAAGAAACUCACCAAAGCAGAGAAGGCACAGGAGAAGUUGGAGAAAGAGUGCAGUGACUACAAGGCCAAUGACCAGCUGUAUGAAGCCUAUGUGGACCGUAUGGACAGGUGGUUACGAACAAAUUACGGGCGUUCCAUCGACCUGUUCCGCAAAUUUGACACCAACGGAGAUGGAGUGGUAUCCUAUGAGGAGUUCAAAUCAGGUAUGACAGACCUGGGUGCCCCUUGCACAGCAUUGGAGCUGCACCUUCUCUGUAAACUGUUAGACCGGGAUGGUGAUGAAACCAUCGACUACCUCGAGUUUUCUAGAGGAAUCAGAUAUGUCAGGGAGUCCGAUCAAGAUGAUGAUGAGGAAGAGGAGGAGGAUGACCUCCCCAGACUGGUCAUCACCCGGGAGACACUGGACAGCUGCCCUCUGGCCUGCUGCAAGAUGGGACAUUGGAAAGGACCUUACAGGGAAAAGAACCCAAAGUACAUAGACCUGGAGCUACGUUUGGUGACAUUUGACAAGAUGAAGAACCACCCUGGUCACUUCAACAUCACUGUCCACGCCCACCUGACCAUAUUUGGGGUGAUCCAGAUCAUCAAAGAAGAGACUGACAUUGCAACAACCAGGCUGAAGGUUUUCAGGGAUGACACCAGAACUCAGGAAGCGUUGCUGUUCCCAGACAUGACUCUUGCAGAGUGCGGGUAUGAGGGUGACAGCAGACAGAACCCAGAGGAGGUCACACUGUACUAUGACUACGGUGUGGAGUUUAACGACUGCCCUCUGCUGCUGUGUGACUACUACUUUGACUAGCAUUUACAUGUACUUAGCAUGUAGCAUUUACUUAGCAUGUAGCAUUUAUAGCAUGUAGCAUUUACUUAGCAUGUAGCAUUUACUUAGCAUGUAGCAUUUACUUAGCAUGUAGCAUUUACUUAGCAUGUAGCAUUUACUUAGCAUGUAGCAUUUACUAAAGCAUGUAGCAUUUACUUAGCAUGUAGCAUUUACUUAGCAUGUAGCAUUUACUUAGCAUGUAGCAUGACAGUCAUGGAUAGCUUCCUAGACUGAGAGGUAUAAUGGUAAUUUGAGACAUGAGAUAUCAGAAUAUGCAUUCAUAUCAAUUUAAUAUUCAUAUUAGAAAAAAGAUGUUAUAUCAAUAUCAAUGUUAUAUGAAUGGAAACUAUUAGUAGCGACAGCUUGUGGAAGAUGUAAGACGAAUAGCUUUGGUAAAGUUUGAUACAAUUUGUAAUUUAGCAUGCUAAAAUUUUUGAGUAACAACUGAGAGACUUAUGCAGUGUGGUAUCAAUUGACAGUCCAAGCUCAAGAGUAAAUGUUAACUUGAUUGUAGAUCAAGUUGUCUACAAUUGAUGUAAAUAGCACUGUUGCAACUAAGACUAAUUUAAGAUAAGUGUAUCUAUGUGUAUUUGAUGUGUUGUAUGUAUUUGUGCUAGAUAUGUUGGAUGUGUAUUGUUAAGUAGAUGGUAGCUGAGUGUGUAGUAGAACUAUUUGUCUUUGAAAAUAAUACUUCUCUGUGCAAUUAUCAUCUACUUUAUUUGUAUAAUACAGUAUUUGCUGUUUGCUGGAUCUCAGAUACCUGCAUCCUUCAGAUAUACUGGGAAGUUGACAUUGCUUUUUUAUAUGAAAAUUAGAUACUAGUAUCUGGAUGUCCUUGCUUACCCCCACCCAGUACCCCCUUAAAUUUACAUUGACUAGUGGCCAAGUGAGCAUGGCUUCCAUAGAUGCAUUGGUACAGGAGU